GCACAGCCAAAUCCACACACGUUUCAAACACCUCUUCUUCCUCGACCCUCUCGACCUACUUGACCCUCUUCGACCUCUUCGACUGCCCGGUGAAAUGGAAUCCCUCAACAAGAAGUCAACCCCGAUCAGUUUUGCGGCCGUUGCUGGCAAGGCACCUGCCUCAGCCGUUGCCCCAUCUGCUGCUGCUGCUGCCGCUGCUUCUGGAGGGGCCAGCGCUGGAGGUCCAUCAGGAGCAGGGGCUGCAUCCAAGAACGGGAGUAGCGCACCCAGCAACCAGUCCUCAGUCACGCAGGGAUCCCAAUCAGCCGCUCCCGGCUCAGCUUCUGGAGCAGACAAGGCAGGAACUUCGGGAUCAGCAUCUGGAUCAGCAUCCUCCGGCAGCAUCGACUGGAUCGUCGGAUUGCAUGUCAAGGUCGUCACCCAGGCGGAUGAGAUCUUUGAGGGCCAGAUCUAUGCUUACGACGUGACCAUGAACUGCCUCGUACUUCAGUGCCCAUCUGUCCAGACGGUUCCUGCUACGACAACCCCCGCCGUCUACUACAGUCCUUCACUCGGAAACGCCGGUAGUGCGCCUCGACUUAAAUACGACUUCAGGAUUCUAAAGAUCAACUACAUCAAAGAAGUCACGCCCUUGCCUUCUGAAUCGACAUCAGCCAGCGGUGGUGCCGUCAACCCAGCAGAGGCCACCGACACUGAUAAGGGAACGAAAGAGGAGGACAAGAGCAACACUAAUAGCGCCAGGGCAAACAGCGUCUAUGCCACGGCAUUACCGGCUGUCGGAUUUGUUCAUUUGGACAAGAUCCAACAGAGGGAACAGCAGGCCAUUAGGGAGGCACAGGCGGCUGCUGCACGCAUCGGUGUCGGUGUCUCGAGUAUUGGACAGGAUAUUUUCGAUGCCCUAAGCAAGACAUUGCCAUGCCGAUGGGCAAAGGAUUCGAUUGUGGUCAUGGACGAGGUUAUUAUUGCUCCACCAUACGAGCCGGAAAAUUGCAAGGCUAAUGCCUCCUCAUCAUACACUCUUGCGCGCGUCAAGAAAGUGUUGGAAGGGGAGAGAAUGCGUUUGGCCAACGGGCGUAAAUAAGAAACGUGCGAAUAAAAUAAUUGAUACCAUAUC